AUGUUAAGAAAUCAGUUAACUCAAGUGGUAAUAACACUACAGGAAACAGUAGUAAUAGUAAAUCCAGUAGUGGGAGUAAUGGCCGAUCUAACAACUUCAAUGGAUCACCAAGUAAUGUUGCAUCAGGUAGAAACAAUACCAAGUCUGCAAAUGGUACCAACAACCGUUUUCAGAAGAACAAGAAGUAAACUUACCAGUAGGUGGACGUCUGUUCCACCACAAACAAGUUUGGAAAGAAUUGGGUCUUCCAAACUUUUGUCAAGAGGUUGUAAAUGGAUUAAAAGUCCAUCUACUUCCAAAUUUCAAGCCGAUGCCAAACCCAAUUCCGAUUUCAAUUCCAGAGGGUCCGAAAUCAGAUUGCAUCACACAGGAAGUACAAGACUUGUUAUUAGACGAUGC